AUGGACUUGAAUCUUGGGGAAGAGGCUUCUGAUACCAAUUGGGUAUUAGAGAUUCUACCCGCAGUGGGCUCACCGCCACAUUUUAAUAAUACCUGGCCUGAUCAACGAACCCUUCCAGGAGAAGGUCAGGGCAGUUUAGCCACCAUACAUUACAACAGAACUGUGCUUGCAAUAAAUCCCCCGUACAGCUCGGAUGGGCCUCCUACGUUCCGCCGCCGUACCAUCUGGUGGACCGAGCGCUUGUGCGUUGAACUGAUCAAGUUCUUUGGCGCAUGGUUUUCACAACACAAGGAGCUAGUAGAAAAAUCAUCCACAUUCCUCGUCAAGGCAACCUACUUUGCCAACUUCCAGGAUGUCUUGCGAGCAUACCCGGGACUCAAUGGGUACGUUCAAAUCAUCAAGAUGAAGGCUCAAUACACUCAUCUCUGUAAAGUGUGGAAGACCAUUACAGACCAAAUGAAAGUAUCCCCCGGAGAUCCAAUGCCUGUUGACUUCUUGGAUCGCGUUUCCAGAGGUGGAAUGAGCCCCCAAGUUUAUAUUUUGCUCAAGGAUGCUAUUGAAGAACGUCGACACAUUGAAACGCCCUUGAUAAUUCCAGAUUCCCCCAAGGACAAAAUUUCAAAGUCAACUGCUGCAUGUGCAUCAUUCUUGGUCGGUGGAAUUCAGGCUGAAUCAUCAGCUUCCCAGUAG